AAAAAAAAAGCACCCCGAGCCCACCGCACUGCGCGCGAUGGGCGCCCUCGGGCUGCGGGAGCGAGUGGAGGAUGCUGGGAAGUAGGUAAAAUGGCCACCGGCGGCGGCCCCGAGGAGGAGAGGAAGCGGGGGCGCCCGCAGCUCCUGCCCGCCGCGCGCCCAGCGGCCCGCGCCGAGGAGAGGGAGGGCGGCCGCGAGAAGCUGGGCUGGGCGCAGGUGGUGAAGAACCUGGCCGAGAAGAAGGGUGAGUUCCGCGAGUCGCGGCCGCCGCGGCGCGAGGAGGAGGGCGGCGGCGGCGUGGCGGGCGCGCUCGGCGCCCCUGCGGGCCUGGCGGCGCCGUGCCUCGGCGACUUCCCUCCGGCCAGCCGCGGGGACCCGAAGGGCCGACGGAGAGAGCCGGCCGGCGAGGCGGCGGACCCCCGCAAGAAGAAAGGCGCGGCGGAGGCGGGCAGGAGGAAGAAGGCCGAGGGGGCGGCCAUGGCGACCCCGUCCAGGCUUGGCGCGGCCGAGGACCCGGCCGAGGAACCCCCCCAGGACGAGCUGGGGGCGGGGGCGGCGGCGGCGGCGGCGGGCUCCGCGGCCGGCCCGAGCAGGGGCCGCUUUCUCGUGCGCAUCUGUUUCCAGGGAGACGAGAGCGCCUGCCCGACCCGGGACUUCGUGGUGGGCGCGCUCAUCCUGCGCUCCAUCGGCAUGGAGCCGGGCGACAUCUACGCCGUCAUCCAGAUCCCCGGCAGCCGCGAGUUCGACGUGAGCUUCCGCUCGGCGGAGAAGCUGGCCCUGUUCCUGCGCGUCUACGAGGAGAAGCGCGAGGAGGAGGACUGCUGGGAGAACUUCGUGGUGCUGGGCCGGAGCAAGUCCAGCCUGAAGACGCUCUUCAUCCUCUUCCGGAACGAGACCGUGGACGUGGAGGACAUCGUGACCUGGCUCAAGCGCCACUGCGAUGUGCUGGCCGUGCCCGUGAAAGUGACCGACAGGUUUGGGAUCUGGACCGGCGAGUACAAGUGCGAGAUCGAGCUGCGCCAGGGGGAGGGCGGUGUCCGGCACCUCCCGGGGGCCUUCUUUCUGGGGGCCGAGCGGGGCUACAGCUGGUACAAGGGGCAGCCCAAGACGUGCUUCAAAUGUGGCUCCCGGACCCACUUGAGCGGCAGCUGCACGCAGGACAGGUGCUUCAGGUGCGGGGAGGAGGGGCACCUGAGCCCUUAUUGCCGAAAGGGCAUCGUGUGCAACCUCUGUGGCAAGCGAGGGCACGCCUUUGCUCAGUGUCCCAAAGCCGUUCACAAUGCCGUGGCGCCUCCGCUGCCCGGCGUUGCUGGGCACUGAACACCCCCGCCUGCCUGCCAGGGUGAAUACAGAGCCAGUUUACCCCUCUUAAGUGCCAAAACUCUUUUUGAAACCAUUUUCUAUCGUGUUUGAAAGAGAUCUUUUUAAACAGGAGAUAUCUCUCUCUGCCUUCUUAAACCGAGUUUACUCCAUUUCAGCCUUUUCUGAAUUGGUGGCUGUCAUUGGUAAUGACUACCGGCAACUGUUAGUGUGCAGAUACGUCGCCAGUCCCUCUAUUGAAUUUUGUUUUCGUUUUUUUUUUUUGUAAUUGGGGGAGGGGAGGUUUGUACUUGUUACUCCCUAUGCCUUGUCUCCUCCCCGAAUUUUCACCCCUUGGGCUGCCUUGCUCAUCUUGAUGUCCCAGCACUAAGUGCAGGGCCCAGCACGUGGUAGACACUGCGCGGCCAUCAGUGUUUGUUGACUUGAAAACAUUUUUGACUGUGACUUCUGUCAGGAUGUCUGGCUUGUGCAGCUCUUUCCCUCCCCCGUAUAAUUUGCUGCUUCUAAUCUGUGUGGUCUGAGAAUUUGUGAAACCAGUGUUGUUAGAAGUGUUUGUAAUCUGAGUCAAUAAGCUCUGAACGGUGGCCAAGGGCCUCUCUUUAUGGCAUUAAAAUACAUGGACUUUGUGACAGCUCUUUCGGUGGCUUAGAGGAGCCACAAAAUUAUGGAAUCUACAGUUUUCCUGUCGGAAAGAACCUAAAAAUUGGUUUACACCCAUCACCAGGUUUUCCAACAGUGAAACAGGCCCAGAGAGGUUAAAUGACUGGGUCAAAGUCACGUAGCUGUCUGCUGCCAGAGCUAGCCUAGAGUUCCCUGACCCCAAGGCCAGUGCUCAUUCCACUACCUCUCACACUUCACAACAUUUUCCUCAACACUUGAGGGCCCAGAACGUCUGAUCUCUCCAGAAUAAUGUGCCAUCUGGGCCAGAAAGCAGAAAAAGAAGAUUUAGCAGGGGCUUCUGAAUACUUGGGAGACAUAAUCCAGGGUGCACUCGUUCCCUGGGGUAUCACACCUGGAUUAAAGUGUGCCUGGUCCUUUGGGGGCCUUACCCUUCCCCAUUUGUUGCCACCAGUGAGAAAUUGGGGUGCUCCUGUGUAAGGAAACCUAGUAAAGGUUUACAUUUGCACCUUAGUCUCAAUAGUUAGACACCCCAGAGAAGCAGCUAAUGGAGUUCAUCUGCAAACUCCUGACUCUCAGGAGAAAGGCUGUUUUAACCCAGAAUU